ACGCAGUAGCCUCCAAUUCCCAACUACCCUUUUCUAAUAAAUCCCCUUCCUUUCCCCUUCUUCACAUUCUCUCUCUCUCUGUCUCUCUCUCUCUCUCUAAUCUAUAUAUUCUCGCACACGCGUAUGUAUCAGUGAACAUGGCUGCGAAUCAAGUAGUGGCCGGGAGGAGCGAGAUGGGUUAUCCCUGCUACCAUCCACACACGGACAUGGAGAAGAGGCAACUGUUCCUGAGAAGCUACCAGUUCUCCAGGAAGAAGACGGUUGCAGAGAGGAUCCGAGGCUCUUUCUUCCGGGUCAAGCGGGUCAUCUGGGUCAGGUUCCGUUCCGCCGUCAAGAUCCGCAAGUUGUUCUGGUUCAGGCUCAGACAUGGCUACUAUGGCUUCUUCUCCUCUUCCAGAAAAAGAAGGUUCCUUCGCCUCCAUACUCAAAACCAUCACCCCUCCGGAUCUUGCUCUUCUUGCUUCUGGUGGCACAAGCAACCAUAAUACCCAUCUUUCUCCUUCUUCUUCUUCUUCUUCUUCUUCUUUACUUGAAUUUUUUAAUUUUUUUGGGUGAUCUGGGAAGGAUUAUGUAGAACUAGAGAUUAUGGGUCGUUGCAGUCGUUUGUUAUAUACAUAUUUGUAUCUUUAUGAUGAUUUGAUACGUUUCAGCACUGAUGAUACAAAGAAGUCUGUUUUUGCUUCA